AUGUUCACCGGCAUAGUAGAAGUAAUAGGCAAUGUCUCCUCCCUCAUCUCACACGACGAGUCCUCCUCCGGCGGCUCCGGCACCUCUCUUACAAUCUCCUCCGCCUCCGAAAUCCUAGACGACUGCCAUCUCGGCGACAGCAUCAGCAUAAACGGAACAUGCCUCACAGUCACCGAAUUCGACAAGGACAGCUUCAAAGUUGGUGUAAGCCCAGAGACAUUACGACGAACAAAUCUCGGCGACCUCAAAGUCGGGUCGGGCGUGAACCUCGAACGAGCAGUCAGCAGCUCCACCCGAAUGGGCGGACACUUUGUACAAGGCCACGUCGACACCGUUGCGACGAUCGCAGACAAGAGGGAGGAUGGGAACGCAGUCACAUACCGCUUGUCACCGCGGGAUAAGAGCGUGCUAAGAUAUGUGGUGGAGAAAGGAUAUGUCACGUUGGAUGGCGCGAGUUUAACGGUCACGGCGGUGGAGGAUGGAGAAGAGGGGUGGUGGGAGGUGAUGUUGAUUGCGUAUACGCAGGGGAAGGUAGUGAUGGGAGGGAAGGGCGUGGGAGAGGGAGUCAAUGUGGAGGUGGAUAUGGUGGGCAAGUAUGUGGAGAAGAGCGUGGCGGCGUACUUUGAGGGUGCGGGAGAGGGAGGAGGGAAGGUGUUGGAGAAGAUGGUGAACAGGUUGGUGGAGGAGAGAUUGGCGAAGCAAUGA